AUGUCGCAUGAACAAUCUCCUAAUUUGACUUAGUCGUUGGACUAUCUAUUCUUUUUUUAUCUCGUGGCUGCGGCUCAACGGUUUCCCCCUUUCUAGCUGCCUUUCGCGGCGCGUAUUAAAGAGUGACACCGAGAGGUUUUCGGCAGCCACCAUGGGGAAGCGUAAUAACAUGAUCCCGAAUGGGCACUUCCAUAAGGACUGGCAGCGAUUUGUCAAGACAUGGUUCAACCAGCCAGCCCGCAAGUAUCGCAGGAAACAAAACCGUGUCAAGAAAGCACGUGCAGUUGCCCCAAGGCCUGUACAUUUACUGCGACCUAUUGUUCACUGCCCGACAUUCCGCUACCACUCAAAAGUUAGGGCAGGUAAAGGAUUCACUUUGGAUGAAUUGAAAGCAAGUGGGUUGAACAAGAGAUUUGCUAGUACAAUUGGAAUUGCCGUUGAUCCUAGGAGGCGCAACAAGUCUGUAGAGUUGUUACAGACUAAUGCUCAACGUCUGAGAGAGUACAGAGCAAAACUAAUUCUUUUCCCACUUAACAAGAAGAAGGUGAAGACGGGUGAAGCCAGUGAAGAAGAAUGCGGAUUGGCCACUCAGCAUAAGGGUGAUGUUAUGCCCGUGCGUCAUCAAGCACCUAUUAAGGCAAAGGCACGUGUAAUUACUGAUGAAGAGAAGAAAUUCUCUGCUUAUAUCACUCUUCGCAAAGCAAGAGCCGAUGCAAGAUUAGUAGGAAUACGAGCAAAACGUGUUAAAGAUGCUGCUGAAAACCCUGACGAUGUAACUAAAGUGGCUAAAGAAAAGAAAUCUAAAAAGUAAUUAAGAUCAUUCUGAUAAAUAUAAAUAAAAAGCACUGACUUACUUUUCAUCGUA